AACAGUAUUGCAUGAAAGAUGGCGAAAGCGAGGAAGGUAAUGUCAGUAAUCUCUCAAACAAUUAUAUUCACGUCAUUUUUCUUAUUUGUCUCACCAAAAGAACCAGAAAGGCACCGGUAUGAAGCUGUGGAACAUCACAAGUUCUCACACGAUUCUCCAUUGUUUAUGUUUAAAAGAGAAGUUGAAUCAAAGAAGUCAUUACCAACAAAAAAAGCCAUUAUCAAACCAAAGCUGACAUUUUCAAAAAAUGAAAGUGACACAGAUGUAAAGGAUCCAGCUAGAUAUAAGGUUAAUAACAAAACCACAAACACUACUGUGGGUCCAGACAUCACUAAAUACACUGUAAGUACUGCUUCUAAGUGUUUGGAAAUAUAG